CACACACACUCGUUUAGGGUUUCCAUAGCUCUAAAUGAGUCCUGAGCAGAGCUGAUGAAUACUGCUCGUAUUGAUUGUGAGUGGGUUCUGCCAGAUGCCCUUUCACUGAGUAGAGACCGCAGGACCUUAACGGAGCUAAACACUGAGGUUAAAUGCAUGCUUUAAUCAGAACCUUCCCGAUUAACUGAGCCCUGCACUCUAUUGGGAGUUUUUAACUUCACAUUGCAGUGACUGGUGGGAGUAGAACAUGGGGUCAGUGUUUGUUGGGCUACAAUACAAAACAGGUUUUUUUAACACCGGAUGCAAAAACACGGUGCUGUGUGAGCGUGCGAGGUCUGAGCGGUGACAAUAGGCCUGCGUGACGGAUCACGAGGCUCUUCUCCGACUCCCCUCAUGGCUGUGCAGAGUCUUCUUGAUUUGAGUGUGUCAGCACUUUACUUUGAAGAUGAACCAGCAUCCAUCUCAUGACGUAUGAGACCCCAAAGAAAGACUUGCCUCUCUGGAGAGCCUCUGUUCUGAGGAGGCUAUUUAGAGCUGUUUUCCAACGCUCACAACGCUGAGGAUCCUCGUCGGCUGAUUCUACAUCGGUCUCCAAAUGUUUGAGUCAAAACAAAUAUACAAAAGUUUUUGUUUUUAUUGUGGGCCAAUGGUUGUGAGUUGCUAUUGAUUGUAUGAAACUAAACCCCCUACCUUCAACAGGCUGUAUUCAGAAAUGAGACUGUAACCUACUUCAAAUGAAUACAUGAAAAAAAACAGAAAUGUCAUAUUACCUUUAUAUUAUCCACAUGGUUUCCCACUGUUUGAGGUUUUAAUUUCCUCAUCUUCUUUGUACGGACACAUGUCUUUAGUUUUAGAGAUCGCAGCCUCUAAGGCCCUCUCUUGUCGCCCCACGAAUGAGAGAAAAGAUACGCUGUUUCAGAGGAGCUGAUUGAGUUACAGGGCAAUUAGUUUUUAUGUUCUUUGGUGCACGCAUAAUAGAUUUUGAGAGUCUCGCAGAUGUGAUCCUCUCGCUGCCUCGCUCUGUCUCACCAGGAUCUGCAGCGGCACUGCACCCCUGGAGUGUUUUGCUCAAGGACACUUCAGCACGGGGACUCUUGCAGGGGUCUCGCAACAAAAAGGCGGUGGAGAGAGAGAGAGAAAGAAUUAGGCUCAUGUUCAAACCAGCAUGUGAACGGAGGAGGCCUUGGAUCCAGGUUCUUGUGGGGAGCGAGCACACAGCAGGCUUCUCAGAGCAAUAGCCCCCUGUGGAGUUUCAGAUGGGGCUGUCCACACGCCACGGAUACAUGCAUGCAUCGGGGAGGUUUGAAGCACACAUCCGUGAGAGCUCACCGUUAAUGACCUGCAGUACGGAACAAUGAGCACGACUCUCCUUUAUGUCCCCUCUGCUUCGUUGUCCCACUGUAAAGCUGCUGCUGUACCAGGACCCGGAGCAUUGUGUGAUUCUCCACAGCUACCCUGAGAGAGUCGAUGCUGAGAGCCUGUCGCCGCCAAGCCUCAGACAUCAUUUAUUGUUGAUUCAGCAGAUAUGAGGUGGGUGGAGCGAGGAGGACAGAAAGAGACAGAGAGUGAGAGAAAGUCAGUCAUAAGACCUGUUCAGAAAGAGAAAUACAGCAGCGAGAGCGUGGAGAAGAGGAUAGAAAGUUAAAUAUAUCAGUGAAACAGAACAGCGAUGUUGAACAGACAGUGAAAGAAUGAUGGAGUUGAGGUUGGGCAUGAGGUUGUGUGGGACUCGUAUAGCCUCAAAGCUUUGCCUUGUAGCAACACGCUCCCUGCUUCCUGCAGGCUGUUGUGCCAGAGGCAGAAACAUCUCCAUGUUGUCCUUCAUCCGCAAUGUUUCCAGUCACCCUGCCCCCGAUGUGAGGCGGGGGCAACUCUCCAGGGACGCAGCUGGCUGCACUCUGUCAAAACACACCGUGCCAGAGAGGAGAAGAUGGAGAGUGGCUUUUCAAAGUCAACAGUAGUCAGUCAGACAGAUCUGCAGAGCGCAAACACUCUGAAGGUGAAAGUCUCGCAUACAUUAAAGCUCCGUUAAGUGGGUUUGAAUCCACCUGCUUUUAUUCACAUUUUUUAUUUGCACGUAAGAAAAACUUUGGAAAGUUAAAAUAUCUCAAAAAGAGUUUUUACGAGAUUGUCGUCGCAAGACAAAGCAGCAGCAUCGGUCAUUUCAGUCGGUGCCUCAAAGCGACACAUGUUUAUCCAAGUGAGGAAGCCCUCUAACUGCUACAGUAAUUGUGGCGGAAGAAAGGGAAGUAAUCGUAAACAAGUGUUUUCUUUAAUCGUCACCAUGAUGACGAAGCUCCCCUAAGCUUAAGGAAAGAGUCAUUAUAACCAAAACCUUGAUGUUUGGUUGAACCUAGCCAAGUCAUUUCUGUACACAAACAAAUUCAUUUUUCACUCAGUGAUUUGCGCUUCUGUCCCACUUCCAAUUCCUCUCUUUUGGUUUGUCAUAUUAAACCAUUUGUUCCAGUAUGUGUCAGAUGAAACCAUGACUGCAUGACUGUUCAGGCUACAUUUUCCACUAAGCCUGAACAGAUUGCUUGUAAUUGGACCUGAAGAUUCUUUCCUCGGAGUAGAAAAACAUUUUGCAUCUUGUGUUUCAUUAUCCCUAAAACAUUUCCCACAGGCCUAAAUAAUGUAAAAAUCAAUAUUUCACGCCGUCUUCAGACUGUUACAGUAGGACGUCUUUAUUUAAUUCAGAAAGACAUCAGCACAAUUCAUUGUGUUCAAUUUGAACCUUUUUUUUAAUGCACACAGAAACACUGCUUGGUUGAGGAAGCUGUUUCUCCAGUUGUCUCUGGCAGAGGCGAUAUUGUUUGUAUUGAUAUGCAUCAUUGCGAUGGUUGAAUCUCAAUACGCUGGGAUCCAUAUUACAGUGUGUGCAGCAGAGCCAGAACCUGUUUGGCAGUCAGAGAGAAGUGCUGGCAGGAAUAAAGACAUCCAUCACACCGCCGCCCUGGACCCAACGAGAACUGACGGUGUCAAUGGCACCACCAUGGCCGCCAUCAAUCUCCCCCUUCAAUGCAACACUCUCUUUACAGUCGUGAAAAUACAGUGAAUGCAUGCAGGGACUAUCAUCCAGCAGAGUGAGUCAGUUCUAGAAGUGGGCUGUAUUUUGAAGGAGGAGAAAUCAAGCUGAUGUGUCAAGAAGACAAAAUAAUUGCAGAUCGUAAUGUCAAGUUAUCACAUCAUUACCACUGUCCAGCGCUAACACCUCCAAACCGGCCUCUCUGCUCAACCCCUGAGUGUGUAUCCAGCUGAUGCACAGUUAAACUCUAAUCCUCUCCAAUAAAUGCAUAUUUGGAGGAAAUAUGGCGAAGCAGUGAGCUCAGUUUGAGGAGCCGCAAACGUUUUCCUGCAGUACUGCCCACACACAAGUUUCAAAGGGAGACUUGUAGUUGGGUUUAUUCAUUUAUAAAUAAUAUUAAGCAAUUGCGGGAGAAGUUUAGCAAAGUAAUGUUGUGUAUAUUAAUGCAGAUCUUUGAGAGGACUCCAGAAUACCUAAUAACUGUCUGAAUGGAAACAUGAUGGGAGCAUGUUAGCUUACUUUGAAUGAACAUCCCACCCUGAAAUACACCGUGAUUCAAACGCUUCACAUUUUAGAACAACGCCCGACUGUACGUGCUCUUUGUGUUUUUAAAAUGCUUACCAGAAAGCUGAGUGAGCUCUGAUGAACCACAGGCUUCCAUCAACAGCAGGACGAACUAGUCCGUGGACCAAACACAAGCCUGAGCAGACUCUUUACUGAUGCUGACCGGUAUCAUUCAUGCAGUGAUAACAGCAGAAGUCAGAAAGGACAGUGUGUGUGUGUGUGUGUGUGUGUGUGUGUGUGUGUGUGUGUAUGUGUUGGAAUAACAUGGCGGUCUCCCAUCAAGGUCACCUCUGCUCUGUAGAUGAUGAAAUGCACUUCUGCACAGCCUGAAGACAUAUUUUGUUUGUAAAAAUGUGGCAGAGCUGAAAGUGACUGGGAGCAGUAUGCAGAUAUGAGCAGACCGUUCUCCUGCUGGUCUUCAGCAGCUCUUAGUGGUCACAGUGAAGGCCUGCAGGAUGCUGCACUGAGUCGCAUACUCGCAUCUGCAAUUUAUAUACAAAUGCAACCACGUUCUCAGUGUUAAAAUACGUGUGCAUUUGUGACAACAGGAGCUGGAAUUCCCAUUGCAGUCUGUGAUAUUGACAUUGUACAUAUUGCUUGUGAUAUUGUGGGAAAUAUACAUGUGUUGAGUGACUGAUUCUCCAGAGGAACCACAUAGCCUAAAGCUUUUAAUUUGAUGAUGAAACGCAUACUCAACGAUUACAAUACUUGUUAUGAGAUUAAUCUACAACUGUCCAACCACAGUAGAUCCAGUGCAGGAUUAAUAUCUCAACCUGUAGCCAUAAUUAAUCUGACUUUCCCUAUUGUUGUGUAUUCCUCCCCAAAUUGCCCAAAGACUUGGUCAUAUAUAAAUCAUCUUUAACGCUCUGCAGUUACUAAGAUCUUAGUUUGUGUCCUCUAAAUGAUUCACUCAGCGUUGGAGGAGCAGAUGAAUAAGUACGGGGUGUAAGGUGGUAGGUGGUGUUGUCAAAACACUGAAUGCUUUGAUACAGUAUAUCUAAUUAGAGUUUGGACCACGACUCUGGAGGAAUCGCUGCAGUUCAGCAAAGAAUAAACACAUUAAAUGCUCGAUUCCUGAGGAAGUAACAGCCAUUUCCUGCUUAGUCAAGCAGCACAAGGAGUGGGUAUGAUAAGACGAGGAGCCACCCCCCCUUCACCACCACUAAUGCCUGAAACACCACCCACUCCACCUCUCCCUUCCUACGGCCCUCCCUCAUCCUUCUGACUGGCCCUUCUGGCCUCCGUCUUGUCGGCCCCGCAGCUGUAUUUGAAUCUUACAGCAGUGAACCACUGUCACUCAGGAUGGACUCCAGACCCCCCAACCUGCCGCUGCUGCUUCUCACCUGCCUCCUGCACUUCUGGCAGAGUGCCAGAGGACAGUCAUCGUACACUAUAGACACCGUUGACCUUACACUCCUACCCAGCAGCACAGUUCAGAGCGGGACACCGGUGACCCUGUGCUGCCAGGUCAGAGUCAGUCAUGACAACAUCCCUCACCUGAAACACGCUUUCCAGCUCAGACAGGACGACAUCCUCUUCUACUCCUCUACCACCAAAGAAGACUCGAUCACAUAUAAACUCGACCCGGCCAGGGCAGCUGACUCUGGAAGUUAUGAGUGUCGAGUCACAGUCGAGGACAAGAGCAAAUCCAGCUCCGGCAAAAAACUCGUAGUCGCAGGCCUGCAGACCCCCGUUCUGUAUUUGAAUAAGACUUCACCCUAUGAGAGUGAGGAGUUCACAGCCACCUGCAGUGCUCCAGAAGAGAGAGGAUCCCUUAUCUUCAGCUUUCACCAGAGAUUAAGGGGCGGAGCCUUGACGAGGAUAAAGCAGACAGCGUUUACGGGGAACUCAUCAGAGACCACGCUGGUCCUGAGGAGUAUUGGAAACAGCACCCUGUACUGUGACUAUGAGGUCAAUUUGGUUUCUGGGUUCAGACACUCCAACCGCAGCAACGAGAUUCUAGUGAUCGUCAAAGGACUCUACAUUUCCCCGAUCAUGAACGUGCUGCCCUCGCCAGAUGUCUAUGAGGGUGAGAUAAUAGAGGUGGUCUGUAAAGUGAUGAGUGAACUGAAGAACAUUGACGUAUUCCUGACGAGGGACAGGAGGAUCCUCAAGAAAGCCCCAGUCAGCCUCAGCCAUCGGUUCACUGCACAAGAAGGCGACUCUGGGAAGCUCGUGUGCAAGGCAGAGUGGGGCAACGUGCAGAAAGAAACGAAUCAAACAAUCACAGUCAAAGAGCUCUUUUCAAAGCCACAACUGACUGUGAAUCCCACAGACAUAUUUGAGGGUGACCGCUUCAAACUGACCUGCUCUGUCUCCAUCUAUGUUCCUGAGAGGAUCAGCAAUGAAAGCAUACAGUUCUCCAUCUACAAAGAUACUGUCAAGCUCAUCAGUGCAGAGACAUACUUCACUGUGGCACAACCUUCUAAAAAUGGCAACUACACCUGUAAAGCCCGGGCUCUCAGUCUCAGGCACAGACCUGUACAGAAAGAAAGCCAAGCAGUUGUUGUCAAAGCAAAAGUUCCUGUUUCUGAACCCAUGCUGAGUGUGGUGGGGGGUACGCUGGUGUUGGGAAAGCGCUUCCAGCUGCUCUGUCACAGCGACAGUGGCACUCUGCCCAUCAUCUACACCCUGAACAGCCCUGACAGGCUGGCUAAGAGCAGCGUGGUGAGCAAGCCCGGGGAGGAGGCCAUCUUUAACUCCUCGGCCAUCUACAAGACUUCAGACUUAAAUAACUUUCUGUGCCAUGCGACAAACGGUGAAAACAGGCCUCCUAUGAGAGGAACAGGGCAACAGCUGCUACGUUCAACCAUUAUAGAGCCUGUCUCGAGACCAGUGUUGAUCGUGCAACCCGGUGCGGGGGACGUCUCCGAGGGGCAGGACGUGACCCUCGUCUGCUCUGUUCAGAGAGGCACUCUUCCCAUCAGCUUCACCUGGUUCCACACUGAGACGGAGGUCUUCUCCCAGACCUCCAACAAUCUGAAGGAAUCCUACAGCAUCAGCAACGUCAGAGGAGAGCACAGAGGGGAAUACUACUGUGUGGGCAACAACCCGGCCAACGUAACCAAACAAAGCCUCACCGUCAUGAUCGGAGUGAAGAUGGCUGGCUGGAAGAAAGGUCUCAUCGCUGUUUUUGUCUUGUGCAUCCUGCUCAUUCUGGCACUGAUCCUCAUUAUGGCCUUAAAAAGACGCCUUCUUCUAUUCAAGAGGAAGAGAACUGGCGAGCUGUCGGUGAAGUCAGCCAGCACCAAAACGGAGCGGCUGAGCCUCACCCAGGCGGCGGUCAACGAGGCUGCCAAUGUCACUCCAGGCAUGAUUGGAAAGAGUGUUUGGAGUGAACAUGCAUCAGGCUCGGAGUCUGAGGACCAGAACAGUAUGAGCGCUCCAGAAAAGCCACCAGAACCUCAAUACACCGAUGUGCAGACCAGACAGGCUGAUCCCAACAGAGCUCCGGUGAAAAAGGGCACAGACACGGUGUACAGCGAAGUGCGGAAGUCCAAGCAAGGUGUUCCAGAGCAGGGCGAUGCUCAGGGGGCGGUGGAGUACGCGCAGCUGAAUCAUGACACGGAUCGCCACAGUGACCGCGGUAACCAUGGUGACCACAGUGUCCAGGAUGACCACAUAGAUGAGAUCGACAUCGACAGUGUUCACAUCGGCACCGAUGACCACGGGAAAUGAAAACACGACCCGGCGCCCACCAAGAAUAUUUAUUCCUUUAUUUAUCCGGCUCGUUAAUGCAGCUGGAGUCUUUUGUCCUGAAAGGCCUGAAACAGCUCUGAGCAUUUAUGUACUUUUUGUAUUUUUGUAACACUUUGCGAGGAACAUCUCACCCUGUAGAUUCACUUGCUUUGCCUUUGAAGGGCAAAUAAAAUGUUUUCGUUAAGUGAAGUGUUUCUCUGUCCUUUCUCUGGUGGUUUUCUUGCCCAGACGCACAGAGAGGAUGUGAGUUGCACCGAGAGGAUGUGAGUUGCAGCCACAAAGGAAGAGACAUUCAACUCUAUAUCCUUACACUGGUGUCAGUGGUGACAGAAUCCAAAUAGAAAGAGAGCUCUUUGAAGUGGAGCGCAGUAGUGAUACUGCAGCUUUAGUGGUGGGGUUGUGACUGCACUCAUCGACAGUGUGAGAGUCGGUGUUUAAACAAUGAGAGGACAGACUUCAGGCGGCGCUGCGUGGAAACUUAGUGCCACCUGGCUGUAAUCCGCCUCACUGCCAGGACGGCGUUCACCGUGUUGUCACAGCAUCAGUUUCCUCACAGAUAUCCGUUUCAUGUUCCAUUAUCUAAGCUUUGAUUGAAUGAUAUUACAUGAACGUAUUCAAGGUCUCCAUACACCAGAUAUGUUCAGCAGGCAGACCUCUUGCUAAACUCCACACAGCAGAGGAGGAUAAUGCACAUUCAUAAUUGGCAUGAACUCUUUAAGACUUUUAAGCCACACUUUGAGAACAUAACGUAACAACAUAAUGCGUCUUAAAGUGAAAGUGUGUUUGAUAUGACCGCAGCUACCAGUUACUUACAUUGCUUUAACUGUUGGUUACUUUUUUAGAUUAAUUAAUUCAGUCUUUAAAAUGUUAGAAAAUAGUAAAUGGCUGUUGCAAAUUCUCAAAACCCUGGUUGACUUCUUCAAAUUGUUGAUUUGUCCAACAACAUUAUCACUUUACUGGUGUCUUGCUUUUGCUUUCAAACUGACUUAAAGGAUUCAUUGUUGCUGAUUCAUUUUCUAUUGAUUGACCAACAGUUAGU